AUGGCGUCGGUCCAGAUAUUCAAGUUCUCCAUAUCGUCACCGGCGGACAUCUCUCCGCUGCAGAAGAUCCAGGAAGCCGGAUACGACCCAUCCCAGAUCCUGGCCGUUGUAGGGAAAACUGAAGGCAAUGGCUGCGUGAACGACUUCUCCCGGACUCUCGCCUCGGCCGUCUGGGAGCCUCUGAUCCCGGCCGACGCGGUCACCGUCUUCUCCGGCGGUACAGAAGGGGUGCUGAGCCCUCACGUCACCUUAUUCCUUCGGGAAACCGGCGACGCCACGACUGGCCUGUCCGCGUCCGUCGGCCACACGCGGACGCUGGCCCCUCAUGAGGUCGGCACGGAAGAGCAGGCGCGCCAGGUGGCCACAACUGUCGCCCAGCUCAUGCGCCAGAUGGACGUGACGACGGAGCAGGUGCAUCUGGUGCUCGUCAAGUGCCCGCUGCUGACGAGCGACAAGCUGCAAGCCAUCCGGGCGCAGGGCAUGGUGCCCAUCACGUCGGACACGUAUGAGAGCAUGGCCCGGUCCCGGUACGCGAGCGCCAUUGGCAUCGCCGCCGCGCUUGGUGAGGUGCCAGAGGGCGACGUGCCGGCCAUUAUGCGCCAAGGGCAAGGAGAGCACCGGUGGAGCGCGAAAGCGAGCUGCAGCAGCGGUGCCGAGCUGGACGACUGUCACAUCCUGGUGCUGGCAUCCCCGGCCCCCACGUCCUCGUCUCCAACGCGGCAGCAGCGUCUCCAUGCGGUUUCCCGCCCCAUGGCAGACGCCAUGGACGCAGCGUCUCUCCUGCAUCUGCUCGACCAGGUCAGGAAGGACGCCGGGGAGGUCGUGCAGGUCUUUGCCAAGGCCGAAGCCGACCCGUCCGGCCGGGUGAGGGGCUUCCGUCACACUAUGAACACGGACAGUGAUAUCCAUAGCACUAGACAUGCCAGGGCAGCGGUGGGUGGCCUGAUUGCGGGUCUCGUGUCGGACGCGGAGAUCUACAUCACCAUAUGA